AUGAACGCAUACCUCGUUUUAGGUGUUCCGAGCGACGCUCCUCUCCAUGUCAUCCGUGCAAAGUACAUGGCAUCUGCACUCGAGCUUCAUCCAGAUAAACAGCCAUUGAAUCAACCCAAUGAUCAAACAUCCGAAACAAUUGUUCAAUUCCAGCAAGUUAACAAUGCUUGGGAAAUUCUUCGAGAUCCAGUGAAACGGAAAGAACAUGACAGAUGUGGAGGCAGGUUCGAGAUAUCUGUAUCAGAUCUGGACAAAGAUGCAUCAAUCGAUGCAGUAGAGUGCUCUCAGUGUUCGCUGUUUGCUACAAUCAGCACAAAAGCAGAGCUAUAA